AUGGCCAAACUCCUGAGUCUGUUUACACCGCAGCUGCUGUUUGGUGUCUUCUGGCCAAAUCUCCUUCAGAUCGCUUCAACUGAUCAUUUAUCUGUCCAUCCUGGAGAGAACAUCACCCUGCCCUGUAACAUCACUAAUUAUACUGAGAUAUUGUGGUAUCGACUGAGAUCUGAGGAGGUGAAGCUGCUGAUAUGUGCUGACAAAAGGAACCUGAAGAAAGAGUUUAUCCUCAGUUAUAAUGUGAACGAGAGUCACUUUUAUGUAACAGAAAGCAGCAGUUCAGUCAGUUUAGUGAUUAUAGGAGUUAGAGAGACAGAUCUGGGAUUUUAUUACUGUGGAGGUCGAAACAAAACGACACACAUUCAGUUUGGGAAACUCAUCAGACUGAACUUUACAGAAGACCAACAUCGUAAGACUGAUAACUCGUCUGAGCCUCCACAUACCCAGCAGUCAGGAUCAGAGCUCUGGAUUACAGUGUGUGUGUGUCUGUGUGUCUCUGUCCUAAUAAACCUCAUCUUCAUCUACAUGUUCUGCUGCAGGCUCAAAGGAGAGUCAGUACCAUCGUGCAGCUGUUGCAGUAACACCACAGACUCCGCUGAAAAGGAAGAAAAUAUGCAUUAUGCCAGCAUUCAACACAAAAGAAGGUCCAGCGUAGCUGCUAAGAAAAACACAGCAUCAGAUUUGGACAGCGUGACUUACGCAACAGUCGCCUCACAGCCUCGGAGACACAAGGUGUCAUAAAUUUAUUAUUACAUCAUAAAAACUGUGUUGUUCUCUCUGGCUCUUAAUAAUUUGUUUUAAAGAGAUAACUGAGUUAACAUGGAUUUCCAUGGAGAUAAAAUGAACUAUUUUGAAAUAAAUACUUAGUAUAUUUGGAAUAAAGUU